AUGUACGGCAUCAGCAACGUCACAGUCACGGAGAGCAAGCAAUCAACAGAAGAAGACCAGAACUUAGCGUUCAAGGCUCCUACGGACCCGGACGCCACGGCUACAACUGCAGAAACACUUUCAGAGGAGAUUAAAUUUUACAUUUCUGGCGUCUGCGACUACGGUAUCGAGUUUGCGUCGAAUUACACUGAGUAUUUGGUUAAGGCCCACUACCGUAUCAAUUUCAUUUCUUAUUCUUCCUUCAUUUUUCUCUGUUACUAUUUUCUUCAUCGUGAAGUGCUGACGGGAGGAUGAACUUGUUGAGACGUGAAUUGCUUUGAGCUCUAAGCUAGCCAUUAUGGAGCAAUGGGCCGUGAUCCGCAAUUACACAGAACACAACAACACAAACACGUUGUACG